AUGCCUAAGUCUAUGGGGUUUUCCAGCUUGCCUGUAUUUCGCAGUCGAAUUCAGAUUUGCAUCGCGAUAAGCAACAAGGAACUAGUUCGAGAAGGCGAUUUACGCAUUCUGACACCUCCAGAGGGCCUUACGUCUGUUCUCAAGAAACUUGGGCGUAAAAGGCACAAUUCAGUCUACCUGAUCCUUUUUAAUGACCUCCUUCUCGUCACUCGCCGCAAAAAGUAA